AUAACAGAAGAAUGCGCUUCCUCUUGGUUUAUACAAUGCAAAGGCUUUACAAACACUGUAUCUGUGGGAAAGUGUUUUCGCUGAGACUCUUACCCAGUUUAGAUCAAAAGUCAUUUCAAAUUGAUCCCAAUUGUGGAGAGUGUAAAUUGAAUUAAGUACGUGUGUUAAUGGGGUUGUAGACCGUGGGUCACCGUAAGUGAUAAAUUUGAGCAAAAUGUGUUGUCAUAAUGGCAAUAAUUAUGUUGCAUUGGUGAUGUGUGAGUAAUGCUCAUAGUGUGUCAAUUCAGGUUUAUGUAAGACAUUAGUACUUUUUUUUUUAAGGGAAGAAAAGGAUAAUUUGUCAAUAAAAUAAGCUCCAGUAAAACCAGCUUUUUGUUGAGCUGAAUAUCAUUAAUUGUGGAGAAAAUAAUCCCCCAUAUGAUGUGGGAAUAGCGAACAUUUCACUCAAAUUUCCCCAUAAGUUUUUAGUUUCAGUUGGUUUGAGAUUUAGUGCCCGUGAAUGCCAAUUUGUUCAGUGAGCUCUCAAACCCUGUGGAUGGGGACAGGGUCAUUUUGAAAGAAAGCACUCCACCCAGGGUUGGAAUUUUUAUCGAUUUGCAAUGACCCUCCUGUCUAAAGGAAAAAAUGGACCCAAACCGUGCCAGCAGAAAUGCCUCGUACUGCACAACUGGCAACAUUUUGCCUUUCAUAUAUGAUCUAAUUCUACAAAAUUAUGAUUUAUUUAGUUCAGUUUAUGCCCAGCAGUAUUAAUGCUUUUGGUUUUCGAAAGGCUUCAGGCUGCUUUGCCCUGAAAAUGACUGCCAUGUUUGAUUGCCUUAUAUGUUUUUCUGCAAUGAGGGGAAAAAUAUUUAUUUUGGAUAAUGUAGGAUAAUUGACAACUUAAGUUUUUAAGUGUUUGAGUUGAUACUACCUAAUGCUAUGAUAAUGCUAUGAGAAAAGCAGCAGUGGGUAUCGUUAGCCGUAAACUGGGACUGGAAGAUUGGCUAAAAUCCUUAAGGUCUGGUGUAAGGGAACACUUUUGCUAGUAAGUUAUGACUGGUCAACCGAAACGCUACACCGGUGCUAAUUCCGCAAAUAUAUCCACGCAUCUGACCUGAGCUGGACAUGGAACUCGAUGGGAACGCAGUGUCACGCCCAGACUUUCCUCUGCAGUGAAACAACGCCUCCAUUUGCCCCAUCGUGCCAUAGGAUGUCCCGUAGCCCUGAGGUGAAAGAGGAUCCAAUGGAGUGCCCUCUCUGCAUGGAGCCCUUGGAGAUAGAUGACGUUAACUUCUUUCCAUGCACCUGCGGCUACCAAAUCUGCCGUUUCUGCUGGCAUCGUAUCCGCACAGACGAGAACGGCCUCUGUCCCGCUUGCAGAAAGCCCUAUCCAGAAGACCCAGCUGUAUACAAGCCCUUGUCUCAGGAAGAGCUACAGAGGAUAAAGAACGAGAAGAAGCAGAAGCAGAACGAGCGCAAGCAGAAGAUCACAGAGAACCGCAAACACUUGGCCAGUGUACGUGUCGUCCAGAGGAACCUGGUGUUUGUGGUGGGACUAUCACAAAGGCUUGCUGACCCAGAGGUCUUAAAGAGGCCCGAAUAUUUUGGGAAGUUUGGGAAGAUCCAUAAAGUGGUCAUCAACAACAGCACCUCAUAUGCUGGCUCACAGGGUCCUAGCGCUAGUGCCUAUGUCACUUAUAUUCGGUCAGAAGAUGCCCUUCGAGCUAUACAGUGUGUCAACAAUGUAGUAGUAGAUGGCAGAACUUUAAAGGCAUCUUUAGGUACAACAAAGUACUGCAGUUACUUUCUAAAAAGCAUGCAGUGUCCCAAACCAGACUGCAUGUAUCUACACGAGCUAGGGGACGAGGCAGCCAGUUUCACAAAAGAGGAGAUGCAGGCAGGAAAGCAUCAGGAAUAUGAACAGAAGCUUUUACAAGAGCUCUACAAAAUGAACCCGAACUUCUUGCAGACUGGGACUGGGGAAAAGGCAAAAAACAAGUCAGGCUCUGCACAGAGUUCUAAUAAUGUCAAUAAAGAUGCAUGGCCAUCGUUACAGCCCAUGGGAAAGACGCCCAAUGGGCUUCCAGAACCCGGAAAAAGCCCGCCUCUGGAUGGAGGCUCAGACUGUGAGCACUUGACUCCUGAUGGGCCGGACUCUGAACUGGGCCUUGGACCUCUCCCAGCCCUCUUGCCUUUCUCUUCAAACUGUGAACCUGCUAGUCCAAUUGAAAAACCAACAGAAGCCAUCAGUAUAGGAAAUGGAGAGAUACCACAGAUUCUCUCCAGUGACUCACCAUCGCCCCCUCCAGGCUUGACCAAGCCGUGUUUGGUAGUGCCUCCCAAUGUUGCUGGUUUAACAGUGCGGUCACCCUUUGAGGGGGCAGGAACCGAGUCGCAGUCUCUGUUCUCUGACAACAGCAACUUUAGACAUCCAAACCCUAUCCCUAGUAGCAGCAGUGUUCCUGGGUUCCCAAGUUCCACACAAAGUAAUACAGACUGGCCUACUGCUCCAGAACCACAGAGUCUGUUUACAUCAGAUACCAUACCAGUCUCAUCCUCCACAGACUGGCAAGCGGCCUUUGGCUUUGGCGCUUCCUCCAAGCAGCAGGAGGAUGACCUUGGCUUUGACCCGUUCGACAUCACGAGCAAGGCGCUGGCUGACCUCAUCGAGAAAGAGCUUACAGUACAGGACAAAACCCCAUUGCCCAUGAGCCAUUUGACCCCAGCGCCAGGUUUUCCCCCCCAUUUUCCCAGCUCGCUUCACAGUGCCAAGGGCCCCAUGCUGCCUCCUGUCUCGGUCACACACCUCCCCCCGAACUGUGGGCUGGCCCCGCGAGCCUUCCCCCACCAUCUCCAACAUCCCCAUCUUUCCCAGCGCCCUGGCUACGCCACAUUUACCUUGCCCGGGCACACACAGACGCUGACAUCUCGUCACAGCUGGCUGUCCAUGACCGCACGCGCCAACUUCCCACACCUGAACCACACAGCACAACACAACAGCAGCUUCUUGGACUUGAGUUUGCCACCACAGCAACAGCAUAGUACAGGUCUAGGAGGAAUCCCCAUUACAGAAAACAGCAAUUCAGUAGAGAGUUUAAAUGUCAAAGAGUGGCAAGAUGGCCUUCGAGCUCUUUUACCCAACAUCAACAUCAAUUUCGGUGGCUUGCCCAACUCCUCGUCUUCCUCAUCUUCAUCCUCAUCCUCUUCAUCCUCCUCCUCCGGCGUGAACCACACAGGGGGCAUGACGCACAGCCUGAGCUGGGACGGCACGGCCAGCUGGAUGGACCCAGCAAUCAUCACAGGUGUCCCAGCAUCCUCAGCCAACUGCCUGGACUCUCUUCAGGACGACAGUCCUCCACAUUGGCUAAAAUCCCUGCAGACCCUGACAGAGAUGGACGUGCCCUCUGGCUCCUCAGUACACCCUCAGCCCUCACACAGUACACCCUUUAGUGCCCAGAUGUCUCUGCAUAGAGCCAGCUGGGCACCCUACCUGCCCCCAGGCACUGCCAGUGCUGCUAGCCAGUUCCACUCUCCCCCACCAGGCUUCCAGACAGCGUUCAGAGCCUCAGCUCAGCCCCCCACAGACCUGCUGCAGAGUGCCGGACUGGACCGCCACUAGGGACCGGGACAAUAAAAACCCCCUUCCUUUACUCAAAGAAAACCCAACACGCAGAGCAAGAAGAAUAAAUAUGAAAAAACAAUCCUGUUAACAAAGUAAUUAUUGGAUUACGUAUUCUUAUAUUUUUUUCCCUUCCACUUUUUUGUCCUUUUGACCUUAAUUUAACUCUUGGUUUCACAUUUUCUUUGGUUUAGUGUUCAGCUCCUGUUGCCCGAGUGCUCUUAUCCCAGUGUAAGCAAGAAAGCUCUUGAACAAAGUAUUACUAUUGAGAGUUAAGUAAGAAUCUUGGUGAGGACGAAACAGGUGUCUAUGUGGAAAUGAUGACUACAGUGUUUUACUGAAAGUCGAGUGUGUCGAUCAAAUCUGCCUUUAAAUCUAUACCAUAUAAUCCCUGUUUUCUGUCUGGGUGCACUUACGAGGCUCUUUUUAAUAAUCUUAUAAGGCCGUGACACAAAACAAAACAAAAAAUCAUGCAAUGAUCCAACAAAUCUGUAGUUUUCCCUUUUGUAGUUUCAACUUCCCUGAGAGCCUGGAUGAAGAGUAAUGGAGAAAUCUGUGGGCUUUUUUUCCUCAAUGAAUGUAGAGUCUUUAACUCUGUUUUCUUUAUUAGUAAAGAGGCCUUUAAGAAGUUAACUCUGAGCUUGGUUACAGCUUAUGCAUUAUGCCUUAAUAAAAUAAACAUCUAGGAUGUGUCCUCAGUUAUACUCCCCUUUUUCUACAUUUGGUCUUUCAGGUACUUGUUCAUGACCCUCCUCUCAGCUGACUGCUACCAGGAUGGGCAAGAGACUUUCCAGCUGCAACACUGGGCGUAACCUCUGUAUCAGAGUGCAGUGCAUUGCAAAGUGAAAAGCCGGAAGCCUCUAUUUUAAAGAACAAGCAAGCUGUCAGACGCUUUUCAAAAAAGGGGUAGGGGUAGAGGUGGAGCACCACCAUGUGGUGAUUUUCAUAGCUGCCAUUAUUGAAAUCGGACAUAAUGAAAGACGUACGUUUCUAGAACGUAUAUAUUCUCCCUUGAAUCAACACUUUUUCGAGGAGAUGUCGCUGGAUGUGUUUCAUGCAAACUCUGAGAGUUAGCUUCGAGACAAAAUCAUGAUCCCUCUCUAUUCUUCAAUGAGAAAAGCACCCAUGUGUGGGUUUUUUUUUUUUGCACUGAUGGGCGUCGGACAGACGAAAAACCUGUUAGGGGUGCAAGCAGCAUUUCAGUGAUGUAAAGAAAAUUCAGUUGUUAAUUCGACUUGCUCUGAAGCCCAUUUUAAAAUUGUCAGAAAAGAUAACAGGAAAGUGAUUGUGUUUGUUUUUAUCACAGCCGACAUAAUCUGGCCAUGUUGUUGAUGAAAGCUGGGAUAGCAGCACUGGGGCAACAGAGUCCCACCCCUAUGCCCCUUAACACAGGGCUUUACCAGAGGUCCUAAAAAUGCAUUCUUCUUCUACUUCUGCCUCAUUUAAUGUUCUUUUAAUGGUCUUAAUUCUGUAUCACUUGUGUAGGUUCUUGCCACUGUUCAGUGUUCAGCAGUAUUCAAGAGCAGUGAUUAAAUUAAAAAUCAAGAUUAAAAAUAAAACCAAUACAAUUUAAUUAUGGGUUUUACUCAGUGCUGAAGAUUAAGAGCAAAAGAAGAGUAAAAGGAAUUGUAUCUCUGCAGGUCUGCAAGAAAAAGACAACGGUCUUUAAUAAAAGGUUAAAUAUGAA